CACCCCGCAUCCUCCCUACUGUUGCUCUACGUUGUUCCGCACCCAGCAACCGAUCAGUUCACCACUCUCCGCAAGAAGCAGCCCCAGCUUUUCGAAGCUUGCACUAUAUUCGAACAACGAAUCUUAUGUCAUUCGUUACCAAAAACAUUUGAUGACAUUCCAAUAGUUACAUAUCAAAAUUUAUUUGGAAAUGAAGCUAAUAAAAUUAUGCAAGAAUUGAAACGUCGAAAACUUAACGAUCAGCUGAAAAAUUAUGAAUUGAAACUUCAGCAUUAUGAAGAUUUGUAUCAAACAGAAAUCAAUAUAUUUGAAUCUAAACUCAUACAAACAAGCUUAAAUCAUCAACAUAUUCAAGCAGAUAUAUUCAUGACUUUAUUGAAAUGCUAUUUGAGUCAUUACACCAAUCGAUUAAUACGUCAAAUUCGUUACAAAGAAGCAUGGGCCCAUGUAAAAUUAGUACCUCAGCAUCGUCGUCAUUUAUUAUCGAAGCAGCAAAUAGUCGAUGUUUAUCCACAAAUCAUUGUCGACGUUCCUAAAGUAUCAUUGAAUAGGCUUCAAUUAGAUUAUCUUUCCCAGAGUGGUAAGUAA